CAGUUCGUCUCGAGACUCGCGGUCGUCUACAUGCGUGAUCAGCUGAUACGAGUUUGACAUGUACGCAAUUUCAGUUUUGUGAAGUGCCCUGUUAUUGAUAUUUUCGGUGUUGUAUUAUCUAAUAAAAAGCAAUAAACAUGUUUUCGGGUUUAACAAAUCAAAUGAGUAGUUGGAUAGGUAAAAAGCAAGAGGGUGAUGUUCCAGCAACUGAUGAACAACCAGUCUCAUCACCAGUUUUAGAUGACAGUACAGCUACUGCACCAGCUCCAGUCGAUGAAGAUAAAAAGGAUAUAAGCCCGAUCAAAUCGGGUCCGGCCGGCAUGCUGGGCAAUCUAGGAGGCCUAGGCGGCAGCGUGAAGACACAGAUGUCCAGCUGGCUGGGCGGAGGCAUACCCGGCCUGCGCAAGGGAGGCGGCGCAGAAGACGGCAGCGAUGACGUCACUAACGAGGCAGCCGGUGACGUCACAGCCGCCACAGACCCUCCCGCUGACGAGAAGAAGCCUGAGAAGGACGAUGAUGACAAUUCUAGGAUGGCUUUUAAAUUCUUGGAGGGCAGGAGUGCCACAGGAGGAGCGGAUAGCGAGGGCCAUGUAUCGGAGGAAGAGACUGGUGAAGACAAAGAUGGACAACAGGCUUUUGGAGCUGGUGAAUGGAAGUACCUAUUGAAUAAAUGGCAUGGUAUAUCAAAUGACUUGAAGAAGUUAGGAAAUGUAGAAGAUGUGGCUUAUAUUAUUGAACAAAAGAAUGAAGUAACAACAAAAGCCCUGGCUGGAGCCAAGUCGAUUGGUGGCUUCCUGUUUUCGGCUGUCAAUAAGGCCGGAAAAACCGUGACCGAAGCUGGUGCGAAAAUUAAGAAGACUGUCGAGGAAAAUAGCUUGUUGGGCGAAUUCAACAAGGAACAGGAGGCGUUCAUUAAGGAGAAGCAGGGGAAGGGAGGUGACGCGGCGGUCCCCCCCUGGGUGGGCUGGCCCAACGAAGAAUCCCUCAAGCAAGAGUGCCUCAGUCUUUCUACGGAUAAGCGUAACUUUGUGCGCGCACCACCUGCGGGGGUUGACUUCCAGUUCGAGUACGAGGUGUCCUACCCCAUCGCCAUGGCCACCCUCGCCGAGGAUCCCAAUUUAGAAAAGAUGCGAUUCGAACUUGUGCCCAAAGUAAUAAACGAGGAGAACUUCUGGCGCAACUAUUUCUACCGUGUGAGUCUGAUCUGCCAGGCUAGCGAAUUGAACUCAAUGGCCCAGGAAGGAGGGCGUCUAGAACGCACGGAUAGCGAGAAUCCAGCGUUGCAUUCAUCGGCCGAGUCGGGCGGCCGCAAGUACGACGCAGCCGCAGCCGAUUGCGGCACACAGCAGCACCAGAAUGCGGCUGCCGCAGACUGCAGUCCGCUGCACGAAUUUGUGUCGGAUGCGUUUGCGGCUAGUUCGCAGGACAUCGAGGAGGUUCAGCAGGGUAUGAAGAAAUUGGGAAUGGAGACGGCGCCUGUUAAUGCCGCCGAAGAAGAAUGGGAGAAGGAACUGGAAGCAGAGCUGCAGGAAUACGAGGUGGUCACGGACGAGAAGAAGAAGAAACAAAAGAAUAAUACGAACAGCUGGAAUAAGAAAAUCGAUGAUGAUCUCGAACAUGAAGAGGAUCUCAAAUAAAAUAGUCAUCCAAUCUUCAAAAUAUUGGUCUAAUUUAGAUUGUAUUCUAUUGUUUGUAUAAUCUAAAAAUCACUGUUUGAAAGUUUAAAGUUUCAACUUGUACAAAAUGAAACAGCUCUAAGCCUAACUUAAUCUGAAGCUGUAUCAUUUGUAUUGAAAAUCUUUAAAAUAGCUUUGGAAACCCCAUAAAGCUGCGUUUACACUAAAGUUGUCAACUAAAUACUGUUCACAAUUAUAGUUUUCAUGCAAAAAUGUUGUAGAUUUCAUUGUAGAAAACAAGUUACUCUUCUCAAAUGUAAAGCAACAAAAGUUGUCAAUUUUUGGUCCAGAGAUUGUAGUCGGCGUGGACUUGAUUUGUUGAAAACAAGAAUACACUAAAAUUGUCGACAAAAUGCUGUUCACAAAUAGUUUUAUACAAAAAAACAAAAAUUUUGUAGAAAAAGUUAUCAAUUUGUUUCUAAAAAACAAGUUACUGUUCUCAAAUGUAAAGCAACAAAAUUUGUCAAGUUUUGGUCCAGAGAUUGGAGUCGGCGUGGACUUGAUUUGUUGAAAACAAUAAUACACUAAAAUUAUCGACAAAAUGCUGCUAUGUUCACAGAUAGUUUUAUACAAAAAACCGAAAAUUUUUGUAGAAAAAGAUAUCAAUUUGUUUCUAAAAAACAAGUUACUAUUCUCAAAUGUAAAGCAACAAAAUUUGUCAAUCUUUGAUCCAGAGAUUGGUGUCCGCGUGGACUUGAUUUGUUGAAAACAAGGAUUUUCUCAAGUUGACAACAAGUUGCUGGAUUUGUUUUGUUGGAAAAUAGGAUUUCCACAAGUUAAUGACAAAAUUUUGCUGUGAUUUAAAAAAAAUUGGCAACAAAUUGCCGCAAUUAGUUGAAAACUCGGUUGACAAAUCUGGUGUAAACGCGGCUCAAGUUUAUUAUGUAUCAAUAUUAUAAUAUUGUGAUGAAGUAUUCAUACCAUUUUUCUGUAGAAUAUUUCAAUUAUUAAUGUUACCAGAAUAUUAUAUACUACUACUCUGCCUCUCAUAGCAUUGUAUUGUCGAAUUCAACAGACCUCAAACACUAUCUCUUUGAAUCUUGUUUAUUUGUGUUGUAUUGAUUGGAGUGAUAAUUGGCUAUAAAUUGAGCUUCAAAUUAAUGUGCUCUUAAUCACAUUUGUAAUCAAUCUUGAUCCAAUAAUUUAUUGAAAUAAUAAUGGAUCUAAUAAAUUACUGUGGAAGAAAUAAUAUCUUAUCCCACCAAUAUAAUAUAAAAUUGGAUCUGAAACCAAGAGAGAAUAAUAUAAUGCUUCAAAAUGUAUUCUCAUGGAGAAAUAUUUAAUGCAAUAAUUCACUAUCAAAAAUCACUAUUUGAAUUUGAACUGUAUGGAUGAAUCAUUGUGAAACAUUUGAUUACCCUAAAAAAUGAAUCAACAUCAAAACAAGUUUAUGAAUUUUCUGAAAAAUUCACAACUAGAGAGAUUUAGGUCUCUGUAUUGUACAAAAUCGAUAAACAGCAAUAAAUUGGUGUAAUUUUAUUUUUGAAAAGUGUUUAAUUUCGAUUUGUGUGUUGUGUAAAUAAAGUUUAGAAUCUAUGAUUGUAAAACUGGAUAUUAUUGUUUUGUAUAUUUUUUAGAUGUAAAUUAUUUUGAUAUUUUUUUAUUGGUUUCAACUAGACUUAUGAAAUGUGUAGGCUAUUGUUCAACAAUACAUAAAUGUUAAUAUCGUGGAUUAUUGAUUCUAUAUUACUGUACAGUAUUUGUGAAAUCGGAAGGAUAUUAUAAUAGUCUACAUAGAUGUUUAAAAAGAUGAAAUUUGAUUAUUUUAUCUAAAAUACUCCAUGUCUAUGAUAUCAAAUAAUAUAAAUUCAAUUUUUAGGCUUCUAAAAUGUCAAUAAUUCCAUUUUAAUAAGAUAUAUUGCUAAUUUCAAAAGAUAAAAUUUAAUUGAAUAGCACUUGAAGAAAUAAUAGCUUAUCCUCAUAGAUUCAGUUGCUUAUUAUAAAAACUGUUGAAAUUUCUUGUAAAUUAGCCCGAAUCAAUCGCAUUUUUGUGUUGACAAUGUUGUAAAAUUGUAUCAUAUACCAAUUUUCAACAACGUAAACUCACAAAUUAUGAAUUUUGACUAAUAAUCUAGCUGAUUCUACUAUAAGUUGAUGCUUGAAAAUUAUAAUAGCCUAUAAAUUAUCUAUUGAUUUGAAAUGAAACUACAUUGUCAGCUUAAUUAUUUACAAAUUGUAUGUGUUCGCCUGAAUACUUUCUAUGAAUUGUUUGAUUCAAAUCCUCGAUUUAUAUCGUAUAUAUAAAUAUACUAAUAAUGCUUUAUCACUGUACAAAAUUGUGAAUUAUAAAUGUAUAUAAUGUACCAUGAUAUUUAAUACUGUUGUUAAUAUUUUAAAACUAAAUGUUAUGAUUUUACUCGGGUUUAUAGUAGUGUUGAAAUAUCUAAAUGUUGCAUUGUAAUUGAAGAAUAUUUUACAAAAAAGUUGGAACUACUGACAGUUUGAUGAUAGUAAACAUAGUUUACUAUUAAAUAAACCCAUGUUAUAGUUUUACUAAUUAUUAGUGAUUCAAUCUUUAGUCAUGAUUCGAAUAGAUUAGGCCUACAAUAGAAUAAUUUAUUGGAGUGUUUUAUCGGUUGCGUGGUUUCAAAACUCGAAGCUUAUUAUCAAUUAUUUCUUUUACAAUGUGGUUUUUCAAACAAUUUUCAUCUUGAUCAUUUAAUAUUUUUCAUUAUUCUAUAUGUCUCCUUAGUUUAAAGUUUUUGAAAAAUUAAUUUCAUCUAGUCAUAUCAAAUUUGAUUUACAUUGGAGAUUAAAUCAUUUUUACAAAACACUUGUUACGAGCUCAUGAAUAAAUUUGUUUCACAAGUUUGUUUUAGUUGAAUGAGUUACAAUAAUAGCUGAAUUUUAGUUACAAUAAUGGCUUGGAUAAUCCUUCAUGAACACAUACAUUACAUUUACUUCUAAACUGCUCUUCAAAAUUAGAAAUAACGUUUUUAAUCAAUGAGCUGUAGGCUAUUUAUUUAGUUGAAUAAAUAAAUAAAUAAAUAAUUGAUUAUUAUCAACAUUAUUUUAUUCAUUCAACCUUGUGCAACCGAUCCAAAGAAACUCAAUACAAAUAUUGAUUCAAGAGUAAAAUACUGAUUUACAAAUAAACAACAUACACAUGGAAUGUUUGUUCACAAAUUACAAUAUCUAUUUCUAUUUACAAAUGAACAGAAUCACAGCCUACUAUAGAUAGAUUAUCUAAAGUAUUGUCACAAUAAUCUCUUCCAUAAUCCACUCAAAGAUGGACAGUGCAUUGCAGAUAAUCGUGACAAAACUCAGGACACAAUUUUUGGAACUUAUGGAGAGUUGCACAUCUAUUGGGACGGAAUAUUUGCCCUCAAAAGAGAAUCUCGAAAUUCGUUAAUUCAUCACAUUCUUUCAUCCUGUCAAGUUAAGACAGGAAAACGAAAACUGGAUGAAAACAGCGCAGUCAGCAACUGUUGUUAACAGACUUGAAUCUUAAUAACCUAUUGUGAACAUAAUGAGAUUCGACAUGAUAUACUAUAAUAAGACCAUAUCAGAUAACAUGAUAAAAUAUAAUAAAUGCGAACAUGAGAUGAGAUACUCUGAUCUCAUAAUACUCUCUGUAAUAAGAGGGUUGAGUGUGAGAGAGGGCCGACUGCGCCCUAACUUCACUCUCUAGGAAAAAUGAAGGCAGUCAUUCUAUUCUAUCUCGAGUUGGAGACCUCUGAUUGGCCAGUUUCCAACGUUAAAUAUGUAUUUUUUUAGAUUUAAUGAACACUUCAUGAUGUGCUACGGAGACAGCAUAACAGUUAUUUUUUCAUAAGACUUGGUACCAGUCAAUGAAUAUUGUUACUUUGCAACAUUGAGGACUUGAGCAGGGACCUCGCCGGCACGACACUGAAAAUGGAACAAAAUUCUAAUGAAAAACGUUUUCACAUUUUCCACUUUUUGAUAUAAGAAUGUCUAAAACAUUUUGGCUGAUCCAUUUCGGAAAAAAAUCAUGAAAUUUCAACGAAUGCUGACUCCCUAUCAAAAAAUCAAAAGGAGACCAAUUUGAUGAAAAUUAGAAGUAAUUGGUAACAUAAUAAAAUAUCAAAUUCAAUUGUUGGGAAUAAAACAUGAAUUAAAUUGAUACCAGUGAAAAGAAAUUGAGUUACUUUUUAAAAUACGAAUAAAUUUCUUUAGAACUGAUAUUCUAAGGAUUGGUUGCACAAAAGCAUAUGUAAUAGUAUAAAAAUGUAAAGCAUUGUAUAUGAUAGUAAAGUACAUGCAAAUUGAAGUAAUUUAAAAUACAUCUGCAUCGAUGUAUUUCACAAUAGGGUAUAACCCGAUCUUCUCAGUACCAGGUUUGACAAUACACCAGUCUUUGAACAGGUCUUUGUAGUGAAAAAACUUUCAAGAAUUCUUUGAUCAUAAUAAAUGAUAUUUUCAUUCAAACUUUUUCUGAUUUGUAAUUAUUUAUAGAUGUGUUACAUUUUGAUUGAACUAAGAAAUAAACUUCAUGUCUUGACAUAAUAAUUCAGUUUUAGUUUAUUUACCCAAGUACUUAUUUGUGAUAUUUCCUUAUAUUUAUUUCGUUUUAUAACUUUCCUUAAAAGUUUUAUAACUUUUAUAUUGAAACUUGAAACUUGUUAUUUGAAUCACAUCUUUUCUUCCUCAUACUUUAGUCUAUUCGAUUAAUUUAUUUUAUAUAUUAUCCCUGUUAACACAUUUAUAGGCCUAGGUAAAAAUUUCAGAAUCUUAUAACUCCAUCUUUCUCCGUAAGUGUAUAUGUGUGUCUUACAAUAUAGGUAUAUUUGAAUGUUGCAUCAUCUAUUCAGGAAUUUAAUAAAGAAGAACACUAUGUACUGUUUCAAUAUUAAUGUGAAUUGAUUGAAGUUAAUAAUAAUUAUAUAGAUAUAAAACACUAAACUAGAUUAUGGGAGAAGUAAAAUACAUUAUAAAAGAUGGCUAGAUAAGUAUGAAUAUGUGUUGAUUCAUCUAAAGUGAAAGAUGGCUAGAAGCAAGUGUUUACAUAAUGCUUAUGAAAUUGAUUCAACGAAAUGACGGUUUGAAAAUCAUUUUUCCACAGAAUAGAUCUGAGAUGAAACUAAUAGACCUAGAAUAGGAUAUUCUAGCCCUUUAAAACUCGAUUUAAUGUUAAAAAAAAACUAUUCAAAAAGGCAAUAAUUGAAAACAAUUCAUCUUAAAAGAAUGAGGAAAAUUAUUAUAUAGGCUACCCAAAUAAAACUGGAUUCUUAUUUAUCUUGCCAUCUUUUAUAAAAAAUUCACUGUUGAAUCGAAUCAACAGUUUUGCAGUGUUAAGGAAUUGUUGAACGCCUUAGAAGGUACUGAAUGGCAAAUAUUGGAAUCUUGUUUAGUUCUAGGGGUUAUUUUCCUAGUUCAAGAAAUUGGAGAAAUGAAGUUUAUUUUGUAUAACAAAAUUAGAACGUUCAGCUAAAGAUUAAUCAUGAAAUUGGUAUCAUGCUAAUUUGAUUGAAGUGGGCUAUUAUCAGGACUCAUUGAGCAUCCUUUGCUUCUUGAUAUUUUUGAAAAAGAUUGGGAUAAAUUAAAAUUUACCAAAUAACAGAACACAUAAUUCACAAGAUAGGCCUUACAAUUCAACACACAAGAUAGGCCUAAUAAUUGUUCUAUAGGUGUUUGAAAUACAUUUUGGCUCUCUUAUUUUUUGGAGAAUCAUUGUGAUUGACAUUUAUGUAUUGUUAUCACAAUUUUAAAAUAAAUAAAACCAAACUAAAUCCCAGGAUGAAAAUCUUUGAAUGACAUCUUAAAUUAUCUUUCAACAAAAGAUUGUAAAGAUCUUAAUAAUUUUCAAUUUUCUCAAAAAAAAAGUUGUGGAAGAUGAAAACCAAAUUCCAAUAAUUGUGUGUACAGAAUGGCGUUCUAUUUAGGAUGGCAUAAGAAUGAAGGUAUAUAUUUUUCAAUAUAGUGAUAUUAAUAAUAUAGUUGAUUGUUAGUCUAGUAUUGUACUGUGAAUAUAAGGGUUGAAUCGUUUUAUGGUUUAUGAACUCUGUAUGUGACUUAUGAACUUAUGACUUUCUAUGUGUAUCUCUCCUCUAUGACAAUACUUGAACUAUUCAGUGUUUCCCUUAUAAAGUUCAGCUUGUGUGUGUUUGUAUGAUUUGAGCAGUUUUCAACUGCAAAAAGUUAGUGCGAAUAAGGCAUUUUGAGAAUAGUAUUCUGGUGAAAUGGCAUUGUUAAACAUAGAAAAAACAACUUUUUCCCUAGUUUUUAAAAACCUAACAUACAUUUCAAACAGCACACAGGUUUAUCAUCAGCUCAAUUCUAUAUCUCUAGUAAAACACAACAGUAGAAAAAGUCUAAAUUCUAGAUUUGGAUCUCUGUAAUUCGAUAUUAUUUGUCAAAUUUUCCUCUCAGUUUUCCGGGACGUGAAGCAUUAAAAUUAGGCGUAGGAAAGGUAUUAUUCAUGAAAAGGUAUUUGUUCUCUAUAGUUAUCUUCCAUAAAGGCUCUUCCUGGAAACUUCCCUUGAUAUUUCUAAAACUAAGAUUUUUCCAUAACAAUAGAGUCGGCUCCUUUAAUUUCUAAUUUCCCAAUCUAAAUAUCUAUGUGUCUUCUCAAGCAUAUAUUUAUCGUAAUACAUAGUUAAACCUUGGAGCAUUUGUACUUUAAAUAAUAAUGAUAUUGUUUAAAAAUUAGGGUUGUAAUUUUGGGGUCCUAACAGUUGACCAUGAACAGGGUUGUUUAGAAUGCCUAAUUUCGAAAAUAUUUUGAAAGUUAUGGAAGUUUUUAUUGAUUUGGAAUAUUUUUAGAAUGGUUUGUGAAACUCUUGGCUGAAUUCGAGGAACUGAGUUUUCGAUUAACUAGCUUCUCGGUCAACGUUUGGACCCCCUUCACUAUUAGUACCUAUGAACGUUGUUCUACAUUACAAGAUUACUACACUGUAUUGGAACAUCUAAGUGAUUAAAAAUAGCCUACUAAUAUCCAGAUAAUAAUUAACUAUAAAUUAUCAUUAAUAUAUACACACUAUACAAAUGCCUAUUUCUUGUUGUGUCAAUUUUUGCCAUAAGUACAUAAUUAUGACAUGUAUUUACUUACUAUAUACAGAUAUUAUGUAUAUAGUGGUACAUUCGAACACAAAUUAUUGGUUUUUGAUCUUAUAGCCGAGAAACAUAACUAAAUAAAAACUUAUGCAUAUCCUUGUUAUAAUUAUUGUGUUUUAUAGUGUUCUCAAAGACUGAACAAUCGAGUUUUAUGCUAUUUUUAAAUUUUACUGCUACAUUAUGAACAGAAAUAAUUGAAAAUUCAGAUCAGCUUUUUCAUAUACUGGAGUUGAUCUUGAUUCUCCACUAUAUCUCAAUGGAAUUCACCUACCUUAGACAAAAGUAUUGUGAAUCUAAUGUUUUCUGAGAUGAAAGCUGAAUAUUGUAAAGUCAAGCCAGGCUAUAUCAUUUUAUAAAAAAUUGAAUUGCAAUUUAUAAUAGUGCUUGCUCUCCCUGGUAAUAAAUUGAAUUGAAUUAACGUUUAGAGGUUUUCCAAUUGUAUUCAAAAACUGAGUCGAAUGAGUGAAUAAAACAUAAUUAAAUUGUAACAAAUUCAAGUGACAUAAUGAGUAAAUAAAUCAGAAACUCAUUUAAAAAUAACUGAAACUCAAGUGUUCAGUCUAAAAUAAAAAAAUCAAUACACAAUUCUUGUAAAUACAUUUUAUUAUUAUUGUUAAAAACAGCUUGUAUCUAUCUGAUGUUACAAUGGUCUAUUCAAAAUAGCAAGUGAAUAUAAAAGCAGCAAGACCUAUUUAUGAAAAUUAUGAUUGUUGAAUGAAUAUAACCAUUAAAAAUUAUUACAGAAUUAGUAUUUGUGUGUAAUAUAAAUCGUAAAUUAUUAUUACAAUUAUAAUAAACUAUAAUAUUGAAUACAAGAGACGGUUAGAACUGUGUAGAGUAGUUGAUGAGAAUUUUAUGGCACUAAGAAGCUUAUGAUUUCAUGAAGAAAAGUUUAUCUUGUAAAAUUCGAUCGUUAGAUUAAUUUCAGAAUGUAUUUAAUAAAUUUAUAAUAUUCACCGAUAAUAAUGUAUCUAUUUCUGUUUUUAGUUGAUAAAGUAAUGGUAAUGUAAGUUUUUAGUUGAAAUCUGAUGAUUUUAGUUAAAUAUUCAACAAUGAUUUGUCAGAUUCUGCAAAACGAAACAUUUAUAAAAUGAUAUAUAAAUAUAUAUAUAUUGAAUAUAUAUUAUUUUGAUAUCAUUAUUAAUAGGUGAUAUUAAUUAGUCGAUUGUUAAUAAGUAUAAGCAUUUAAAUAAAGAAUUUUAAAAAAGGA